AUGCAUCAACAAUUAUACCAACAAAAGGUCUCACAAAGGAUUCAAAAUAAACGUCAACGUCGACAUGAAAGGAAACAAUAUAUACAAUCACUAUUAACCACAACAGAUGAUGAAGACAAAAAGAUAGACGAAGUAAUAUUACAAGAACACGAACGAUCAAAUUUGGCUGACGUUCAUCCAGAAUUAAGUGACGUUGAAAAUCUUUUUUUGGUCGACGAAUAUCAUGAUGAGGAUGAAGAAGAAUCCCAAAAAGACACUCCCGAUCAUUCUGAUCCUUUAUAUCAAAAUAGUAGCAUCAAGAUUAAAACGACGAUGAAAUUACUGGCUGAUUUUUAUUCUAACGCAAAUUUAGAUAAAACCAACGUCAUAAGAUUAUUUAAAUUAAUUAAAGCUCUGUUACCACAACCAAAUAAAUUACCCGUAACGUUGAAUAAAAUAUUGAAAUUAUAUGAUAAAGAAUGUUUAUCAAUGACAAAAUUUGUGUGUUCGUUGUGUAAUCAUUUAUAUUUGAGAAAACGAUAUGGGCAGAAAAAAUGUAUUAACCAAGAUUGUGUAUUCAAUCAAAAAACACUAAAAAGUUAUCAAAUAACAGAAGUUAUUAACCUAGAUAUAAAAUCGCAACUAGAAACAAUUAUUUGUGGUAAUCAAAAUAUAUUAAAUUGCGGUAUAUUGUUUCCUUCUGCUGAUGUUUGUUAUGGGCAAUAUUAUCAAGAAAAAGCCCAAAAAAUAAAUACAGUGGCAUUAAAUUGUGAUGGUGCACCAUUAAUAAGAACAUCGAAACGAUCAUUAUGGCCAUGCUUUGCCACAAUUAUGGAAUUGCCACCACCAAUACGAGAAUAUCAGAGAAAUAUUCUUGUUUAUGCUUUGUGGGCAUCAAAAACAAAACCAUGUGCUAGUGUAUUUUUGGAUGAAACAAUUAAUUAA